UUUUUUUUAUUUCCAAUGCGAGUAUAGGAGAUUCUGAGUCAUCGAUGUGGGAAAUGGAUCAAAACAGUGUUUUCUCACCUAUCAAAUUCACUGAACACCGCCAUAUAACUAAGAAGUUCAGGCGGUCCUCGGCGAAGCCAAGAAAUGUACCGGGCUUGCGAAGCAGAGACUCCUCCGGUGGACCGAAAGUGGUAAGAAUCUCAGUCACCGAUGCUGAUGCGACGGAUUCGUCCGGCGACGAAGACGACGAGCUUUUUUGCCCCCACCGUGUGAAGAGGUACAUCAGUGAGAUCAGCAUCGAAUCUUGUUCAAAGGUUGACGAUAACGCCAACGGCGCUUGGACCAACAGAUCCGUACGGAACGGUCGGAAGAAACGUGCCGGACCCGUAGAUGGCCGUCGCUCGGUGGAGCUAAUGUCGUCAAACGGUAAGAAAUUCCGUGGCGUACGACAACGGCCGUGGGGCAAAUGGGCGGCUGAGAUUCGUGAUCCUACGCGACGUGUACGGCUGUGGCUGGGUACGUUUGAAACCGCCGAGGAAGCGGCCAAGGUUUACGACAAUGCGGCGAUUCAGUUAAGAGGCCCUGAUGCCAUGACCAACUUCGCCAUCACCACCACCACUACAGCACCUGAAGCUAAGCCGGAAGUCCAGCCGACGACGUCAUACAGUUAUGACUCCGGCGACGAAUCCUCGCACAACCUCUCCUCUCCAACCUCUGUUCUUCGGUUCCAUAACGAAGAGUCCGAGUCCAAAAACCGGCAAGAACCAGUUAAGCAAGUCAAAGAAGAGGCGUUUUCACCUCUACGUUUACCUAAUGGUGAAGAAGAAGACACACCACCAUUCUUGAACGAUUUUUUCUUGGAUUUCGAAACAACGGCGCCAGAACUGUUCGACGUGAGCAACUUGCCGGACAGUCUUUUCAGUGAAGACUUGAACAAUAUCUUUCUUGGGUCCAGCGAGGAUUUCGGAUCGUCGACGUGGCGCGUAGAUGACUUCUUUCAAGAAAUCGGCGAUUUAUUCCCUUCCGAUCCUCUCGUUGCCCUCUGAACUGAGUUUUUUUUUUUCUUAAUUUAUUUUGUAAUUUUUUCAUUUGUUAUGUUUCUUUGUUUAACUGUCGAGUAAAACGGACUAGGCAGUGAGAUUUUGAGAGAGUGAGAAGUGUCCUUGGCGAGGAAAUGAUUUGUUUAUGUAAUGUGUAAAACAUUCCAGUGUUUCCCUCCA